AUGAGAGACGUGUAUGUGAAAGCCGAAUAUGUAAUCGAAAUACCAAAUCCACGAAUAUUUGCUCUUUUCAUUCAUUGUCCUCUCUCUCAUGAUAUCAAGCUCACUCUUUCUAUUACUCUAUCCAAACUAACGAAAGAAAAAUUCUGCUUUCUUUCUUCUUUUCUUUUUUUCAUUUCUUCCUUUUUUAUUUCUUUUUUUUUAAAAUUUCUAUCUGAUUUUCUAGUAUUCACUCUCUAUUCUGCUGUUUUCGAUUUUGUUUCUUUUCUCAGAAAAAAAUUUUUUUUCUUUUUUCUUUUAAGCUUUCUUCUUUUUCACUUUCAUUCUUUUUUCUUUCUUUCUUCUUUUCAAAUUUUAAACGUUCAUUGCUUGUUAUUCAUUAUAUCCUUUUCAUUUACAUCUUUUUCCUCUCUUUUUUCUACACUUUUCGUAUUCCUUUUUCUUUCUUUCUUUCUUUCUUUCUUUCUUUCUUUCUUUCUUUCUUUCUUUCUUUCCUCACGUUUUUGUCACCUCCAUCCUCUCGUGAGUUUAUAUUUGCUAUUUUUCAUUUUCUUUCUUUCUGUUCUAUUCUUCAUUCAUUCCUUUAUUCUUUGUUUAUUUCUUCCUUUCUUUCUUCAACCAUUUUACCAUUUCAUUUUUGAGAUGUUUACUCUUUAUCUUACAACACCUUUUUUUCUUUCUUUCUUUCUUUCUUUCUUUCUUUCUUUCUUUCUUUCCUUCUUUCUUUCUUUCUUUUUCUCGAUAGCUAUCUUUCUUUCUUUCUUUCCAUAUUUCCUCACAUUUUUGUCACCUCCAUCCUCUCGCGAGUUUAUAUUUGUUAUUUUUCAUUUUCUUUCUUUCUGUUUCAUUCAUUCAUUUUUUCUUUCUUUCUUUCUUUCUUUCUUUCUUUCUUUCUAUCUUUCUUUCUUUCUUCAAUCAUUUUACCAUUUCAUUUUUGAGAUGUUUACUCUUUAUCUUACAACACCUUUUUCUUUCUUUCUUUCUUUCAUUCUUUUUUCUCAUCUUCUUUUUUAUUUCUUUCUUCGACAAUUUUACCUUUUAUUUUUAAAAUAUUUACUUUAUUUUUCAAUCUUUUCCCCCGUCCUUUCCUUUUUUUGCUAUCUUUUUUUUUUCUAUAUUUACUCUUUAUCUUACAACAUAUUUUCUUUCUUUCUUUCUUUUUUUCAUUUUCUUUUUUAUUUCUGUCUUCGACAAUUUUACCGUUUAUUUUUAAAAUAUUUCCUCGUUAUCGUAAAUCUUUUUUCUUUCUUUCAUUCUUUCUUUCUAUCUUUACUCGCAUUUUCAUCACUCCCGUCCUCUCGUGCCUUUAGAUUUGCUAUUUUUUUAUUUUCUAUCAUUCUGUUUUAUUUAUCUUUCUUUCUUUCUUUCUUUCUUUCUUUCUUUAAUCUUUUCUUUCUUUCUUUCUUUUAUUUCUUUUCUAGCUUGAUAAAGUUCUCUUUCUCUUUCUUUCUUUCUUUCUUUUUCUAG